AUGGGAGACGGUGUCAAUGCCUCCAUUGAUGGAGGCUAUCGCUCAACGGCGCAAAACUUUGAAAUUGACGUCAAUAAGACACGAAGAAGAGACAAUCUUGAUGCUGAUUUUGCUUCAACCCAAUGGAAAUUUAAAGAAACCAGAAGUAACCUGUAUGAGCAUGCCAAAUCAUGUGGUUUGAAGUUGAAGGUGGAGGAACAGAGUAUAGAGGAAUUGGUGACAGAUCUCAAGAAAUUGAACAAAAGAGGAGGGCAUGGAAAUGGAAAGAGAAGUUUCGUGGCCUUCAAUUGCAUGGCGGGUCUUCCACAUAUGGGGAGGGGAAUUAUAGCUUUUGGUGAUGGAGAAGCCUGUGAGAAACUGAGAAACAGCACCAAUUUCAUGUCCUUCUUUAAUGGCCAUUUGGAGCAUUACCAUGCUUUAUUAGAAUCCAUAGAAUCAAAUUUCCCAUUUCAAUUCUCAGAGGCAAGAACAGCUAUGGAGAAUCUAUUCGUGGCGCCAUAUAUAUCAUGUGAGGAUUGGCUUCGGAGGUGGGAGGAGAUGAGACAAUGUGGAAAUGUUCAAUCAGAAAUAGAGUUAGAGGGUGGAAGCUUGCGGGAAGAGACAUUAACGGAAGUUGGAGAAAUGCUGAGAGGAAUGGAAGGGUGGUAUGAGGUUAAGAUUGAAGGCAAUAAUGGCAACGAGAUGGCUCUGCAAUGGAAAGGAACGCAGCUUCUGAGAAUUUCAAUACGGGCAAAUUGA